ACCGGCCGGUCAUGAUCAUCACUUGAUUGAAUUUGAACAUAACACUUUAGCAAAUCAGAUGGUCAUGUCAACAAAGUGGUAAUAAUUUGAAGAAUUUAUUGACGCAUACUUAUUUAUUGUUGGCGAGCUAGCGAGGUAUUCAGCAGAAUCAAUGAUCGAGGAACAACCAAAGUUGAUGCAAAUUGAAUGAAAGCAGCCAAAAAUGGAUGCUGUUCUUACCUUAGUCAUGAAGUAUUGUGGGAAGGAGUUGGAUACUUAUGGAAACUGUGUUAAAGAUCAUCCUGAUGACUGGCAGACAGCGUGUGAUGAACUUAAAGUAAAAGCAUCAAACUGCUCAGAUCACCACCCAGUUGUCCGUCAAAUAAACAGGGACUGUGCUUCUGAAUUCCACGGGUAUGAAUUCUGCUUGAAGAAGAACCAGACAGAUGUAUCUCAGUGUGUGGAGAAACUUCAAAGUUUCUUAAAAUGUGCUGAUGUUUCAGCUCAUAGGAUACAAAACGCAGUCGUUGAAAAAGAAUCAAAUACUGAGAGUGCUUCUUCAUGAUACCAACAAUUUUAAAGAUAUUCAUGCCUACGGGUCCGAUGUGCAGCUAUUUUUCUUUUUAUACCACUGUCCAUUACAUUUACGAAUAUUAAAAUUAUGUAGGUGAAAACAUUCUAUGCAAAUAUUUGUGUUCUUUAAUAACAAUGCAUGAUUUCUGAACGGAGUAUCAAGGGGUGCAAUUUAUUAGCUUCCCUGGGCCGACCCUGGUCUGCCCCCGGUACGUUCCAAUAGCUUUGACGUCAUUCCAGGGG